AUGGAGGAAGUAAAGUUAGAAGUUGGAUUUGGAAAUACUUUGAACCUCAUUUUAAAGAAGGAAAAUUCAGAACAAUCUUCAAAAUCACCUGUAAAUGCCAGAAAGACUACAACAUAUUUAAGACAUAUUAUUGCUGAUAUAUCAACACCUGAAAUUAUUAAUAAGCUUAAGCCUAAUGAAAGAAAUGUAACAAAUAUCGAUAUUGAAAAUUUGGAAGAUAUUUUUACAUUAGAUGAAAAUCAAGAUAAUCUAGCUAAUGCUAAUAAUGAUGAAAAUCAAGACAAUUCAGCCGAUGCUAAUAAGAAAAAAAUAAAUUUAGAUAAGCCUAUGCAGACUUUAGGUAUGUUAAAAAAGGUGAAAAAUACAUUAUAUCAAGCAAUGCUUUUUUAUUGGAAUAAUGAUCAUGAGAUAUCAUACUUACCAUCAAUUCUUGAUUCUCAGAUUAAAAAGCUUGAUUUUGCAUCUUAUGAAAUGGAACGAACUCUCUGCUCUUUGAAAAAAAAAUAUGAUGAUAUGAAAUUUAGUAUGUCAUCACGUUUACCUCUACAAUCUCCACAGUCUCCACAAUUUCUUACACCUUUUACACCUUUUCCUACAUCAACACCAUCUACACUUUAUUAG